CCAGCAUUUUUUUUUUCCGCCGGUUGCUGUUAGCGGCUAGAGCGACCCGGACCAGGUGAGGAGGCUCCAAACUGCCGCCAGGCUGGCCAAUCACAGCGCCGGAUCGCGCCUGUGACCCUCCCCGGCAAUCGCGCCAGAAAGUUCAAGGCAAGAGCGAAGAGGCUGCAAGAGGAAUCGGAUCGCAAUUUCUCUAUUCGCCCGAGGCUGCUGCUGCUGCUGCUGCUGCUCGAUCAGCGCCAAACAAAGCAAGAAGAGUCAGACGGCAGCCACGGAGGGAGAUCCACAACCACGAAGCGACACGCGGCGAACGAGCUGGACGCUGCACGAGCGAGCGAGCGAGCAGCGAUGACUUCGUCCAGCGCCGGGCACGACGGCCUCCGCGAUCAGAACCACGAUGCCCAUCCUGAAGUCGAAGCUCAAGCAAACGCCCCAGCUGCGGUCGCUACAGCCCCAGCUGCUACCAUGGCCCCCCAGGCAGUGACGGCCGCUGCGCAGCAGAAGGAAUCGCCGUCCGACAGGCCAGAAGCUGCGGCCGUCUCGAUGGAGGCCGAAGCCGUGCAAAAGCCAGCGCAAGAGCCUAGAACCUCAGAGGCAGAAGCACCUGCGACGAAGAGUGAACAGAAGAUAUCGGCGGAUGCGCAGUCCAAUUCCAAAGGCGGUGACGACCCCGUUCCUGCUGCGACUGUUGCUGCCGAGGCUGCUCCUCCUCCUCCAACAUCAUUAUCGCCCUCAUCAAAUUACGAUCCAGCGCAACAGCAAACGGCUGCGAUAGGUACUUCUGCUCCUUCAGUCGCUACAGAGGCCCCGGCAGGCUCAUCUUCCGCAAAUGCCAUCACCAGCCAACCACCAACCCCGCUACCACCUUCAAAACCUGACGCAAGUGCCGAGACCGACAACACAACCCAACACCCGCCCGCUCCAUCAACAGCAAACGCCUCAGGCGAUUCUGGCGAAUCGAGAGACAAACCUGCAUCUGUAGAGAUCAAGACGGAGGAUGUUACAAUGGUGGAUGCUCCUGAUACCAAUGCGACGACUGCUGCUGCUGUAGCCGAGACCCAAUCACAUGCAUCUGCCAUGCAGGCCCCUCAGAUGUCUUCGACCGAGCAGUUCCAGCCCUCAACGCCCUACGCACCACAGGCCCCCAUAGACCAUAGACAUGCGUACAUGAUGAUGGCUUUGGCUUCCAUGUCUGCGGCACCACCCGCCAUGUCACCACCACCAACCGUAACCCCCUCUCAAGUGACUCUACCCAAUAUCAUGGGAGACGGAUAUUUUGGCCUGGGCUCUGCCAAUAAUAAUCUACGGCAGCCUGGGCCAGGCACCGACAUGGGCCUUGAGUCAUUUGCUCGUGUUGAGUUUGCCGACAGUGUCUUCCAGAUGACCACCUACGCCGUCAUUAUUGGUCGUGACCAGAGAGCUCUGGAACAGGCCAGGCGUGAUGAAAAGCGUGCUGAAGAGUAUAAACGGCGGGCUGAGGACAAUGCCAGCAAAGGGCUUCCGCCGCCAUCCCCCAUCGUCCAGGACCGCCACAAGUUUAGUAAAUCAUAUGUCAGCGAGGAAGGCGGCAUGCUGGGUCCCGAAUCAGAUAGCGAGGAGAACGGACGUCCGACAAAACGGCGCAAGACGAGCACCACAGGAUCGUCACAUGAAGAAGUUGAAAAUUCCCAAGAUAACGUUAUAUCAAAUCGCCAAUAUGUCUCACAUACCCCUGGGGCGGCUGCUGUCGACUUGACCUCGUUGAGGCCCUCUCCUUGGCACGUUCCCUUCAUUGGUAUACACUCCCCUGGUCCGAACAUCGCAAGUAAGACCAAAGCCAUUUCCCGGGAACACCUCAAGAUUGCGUAUAAUCAGGCCGAGGGCGUAUUUGAGGCCAUUCCAUUACACAAGAAUGGCUUUUUCUGCGAGGAUGUGCAUUACAAGAGCGAAAAGGUCGUCUUAAGGUGUGGCGAUCGAUUGCAGAUCAAGGAUAUUGAUUUCAGAUUUAUCAUUAAUGGAGUCGAGAAGGGGCGAACUGGCGCAGAAGAAUACCAGGAGGAAGACGCUGCGAAGAAACGGCACUCUCAUGGUGGAAAGAGCAUGAGCUUCGACUUUGAACAGUCUCACGGUAAUGGCCAGAUCCAAGAUACAAGCGAUGAAUUAUCAGAUGUGGAAGUUAGUCCAGUCGAGCUGUCCGAUUUUGGCGGAGAUGAUGAAGAAGAGGGAGAUGAGGAAGAGGCAGCUGAAGAAGAGGCAGCUGAAGAAGAGGCAGCUGAAGAAGAGGGAGAUGGAGAGGGUGAGGGUGAGGGCGAAGGCGAAGGCGAGGGAGACGGAGAAGACGGAGAAGACGGGUAUCUGGAUGCGCUUGAAGCAUCCAUCGAAGGCGAUUCUGAAAUCAAAGAUGAAGGAGACGCGCACAAUGAUCCCUCAAUGCCACAGAUAGCUAGGAAACGAGGCCCGGGCAGGCCGCCUAAGAACGGUAUCAUGUCAAAGAGGGAGCAACGCUUGCUUAAGAAGCAGCAACAAGAGAUGGCCAAGAAGACAUUGCCUCAAGCGCCACCAGUUGAGCCGCCUCUCAAGCGCAAGGUGGGCCGGCCUAGGAAACAUCCAUUACCCGAAGAUGGAACCGACCGCCCCGAGAAGCGCAAGUAUAAGCCGCGGAAGCCCAAGAAUGAAGAUGGUGUCGAAGGCUCUGAUGCAGAGCGACGUGCGAGAGAGAAGAAGGAGAAGAAGUCACGGCCCAAGUCACCUCCUCUGGAGCUUAAGAUCGAGGAUUAUACAGAGGAGCAACUUCAGAAGCCGAAUAAGAACUAUGGAGUUCUUAUUGACGAAACAUUGACAGCGGCAGGUCCUGACGGUCUCACAUUGAAGCAAAUUUACAAGAGGAUUUGCCAAAGAUACCCGUGGUUCUAUUUCCACACCGAGACCAAGGGAUGGGAAAGUAGCGUUCGCCAUAAUCUGAUUGGGAACGAAGCAUUUAAGAAAGAUGAGACAACAAAUCUGUGGUCUCGAGUACCUGGUGUGGAAUUAGAUGCUGGCAAGAAGCGAAAGGCAGCCUCUCCUGACCGGGGACUAGUGGCUGCGCAGGCCUAUGGGCACUACUCUUAUCCAUAUGCUGCACAACACAUGGCUCCCGGCACCCAUCAUGGUUACCCCCCUGGCCAAACGCCGGCUCCUGGAUAUCAAGCACCUGCAUAUGCUGGACAGCCGGCUCACGCGGCGCGCCCAGUGCAGUACGGUGCUUCUCAGUCCCCUCCUAUACACCAACCAGUCCAGCCAGCACAGCCGGUACCGGUGCAACCGGUGCAGCCAGUUCAACAAGCUGUGGGUGCUCCACCUCCAGCCCCGAUUCAACUGCCAGGAUAUGGCCCUCCUGCAGCCCCAGCCCGCCCUCAGCUUGGCGUGGCUCAGCCAGGAGCCUACAGCUCGCCCUAUGCCUCACGGCCGCCUCCUUUGACAAACCCGCCUGUCAAAGCUGAGGACGGCGGUGCCAGUGUACCGUCUGCUGCCGCUGUGCCAGGCCAGCGGGCUAUUUCGGUUGCCUCCACGGAGUCGAAGCCGGUUGCUGCAUCGACAUCGCAGCAGGCGGCCGCCCAAGCUAGUACCGCCCACCCAACCCCUGCUCGGACAUCAGCAACGCCUGCUAGGCCGAUUAUCGAACCUCGACUUCUCACUGCAGUCGUGGGCCUCAAGAAUGGCCUGGUAGAAAACCUCAAGAAGGCUGGCAACCCCAAAGCUGAGGCUAUUGUUAUGUCAGCUCUGAACCGGUGCAUCGGGCUCAAGAAAGAAGCUACUGAAAAUGACAAAAUGGAAGCAAUCUGCAUUAAGGGCAUUCGUCAAGUUAUCGAUGGUUUCACCAAAGGCAAAAGCCCUACCCCCAGCGGCUCUACCCCGCUGCCAACAGACACACCCCCUGUUUUCGAACCCAAAGUGCUAGCAGCAUUGAAUGGCCUCAAGGAUGCCUCUGUUAAUGCGAUUAAGGCAGGCCUUGGUGCAGCCAAAGCCGAAGCUGUAACUCUAUCGGCUAUUGAUCGUGUUAUUGGCCUGGCAGAUGCAAGUAUAAUGCCCAGGGCUGCAGAGGGCGAGCCAGUCAGCAACUUUGAAGGAGUAGAGCAACAUCUUAUGAAAUCCAUCCGCCAGCUUCUGCAAGGCAUGAAUCAGAAGCUACAAGGCGAUUCAUAAGGGCAUUAGGGGGGUUCCAAAGCCAUUGCAUCCGAGAGGAGUGAACAGUGAUGAUUAUAAUAAUUAUAGAGGUUCUAUAUGUGACUCUUUGACGAAUGAACAUGAGCUGAGCAAUUUUUACGAUGGCUGCCCUGUCUGUUGCAUGGGUAGUGGUGAUAUUGGGACGCAAAAGGGAACUUCUGGAGGCGUUUCUGAGCCACUAGAUGAAAAGACGGACACGGGUAUACAAUUUUUUUUGUUGCUUUAUGAUAGCGUCUCUGUUUCUCAUCUCUGCCAUUCAGGGAACGAAUAUAAUAUUUGAUAGUUCGUAAAGAUUUAUUACAUCUCUCCGC